GCGGCAGCGAGGCCACACGGCUUAUCGAGUCAGGAGGCGAAGUCAGUCGCGAGCGCAGCAUCGAGAGGUGCGUACGUGCGGGUUCGACGUCGCUGCUGGAGCAGCUCCUUCAACGAGAAAGAUGCCAGAGACCAGCGGACAACAUGUAACUUGCGGCCCGGGUUAUUCAAGUCCGCGAGAUGCGAUGCUUCAUGGGCCGCGUGAGAAAAUACUUUACGUUAACUGCAUUCACACCGACCCGAACAAACCAGAUAUGUUGGCGACCGUUGACGUUGAUCCUGCGAGUUCUACUUAUUGCCAGAUAAUUCACAAGCUGAAAAUGCGGGAGGUAGGCGACGAGCUCCACCACAGCGGUUGGAAUAUCUGCAGCAGCUGCUACGGGCAUCCGAAGAAGCGUGACACACUGGUACUGCCGUGUCUCGUCUCCGACCGCAUCUACUUCGUGGACGUGUCGGAGCAGAGGGCGCCGAGGAUCAAAAAGAUUCUCGAGCCCGAGGAAAUGCACAAGCAUGGAGUGGCGACACCUCACACCGCGCAUUGCUCGCCCACUGGUGAAAUCAUGAUAUCGACUCUGGGAAAUCCGAGCGGCGACGCCGUCGGUGACUUCCUCUGCAUCGACAGCAAUACCCUGGAGAUCACGGGUACGUGGGUGAAGAGCGAGCAGAAGGCCAAGUUUGGCUAUGAUUUCUGGUAUCAGCCUUAUCACGACACUCUUAUAGCCACGGAAUGGGGAGUGCCCAAUGUAUUCAAGCGGGGAUUUUCCGCUGACGAUCCCGAGAACGUAGAAGUUUACGGUAGAAGCCUGAACUUUUACUCGUGGAAGAAUAGGACUCUUCAGCAGGUGAUUAACCUUGGCGAGGAAGGCACAACUCCUCUCGAAGUGAGAUUCCUGCACGAGCCGACGAGCAAUAUCGGCUACGUAGGCUGCGCCAUGCACUCUGCUGUUUAUAAGUUUCAGAAAAAGGAAGACGGUACUUGGACAGCGGACAAAGUCAUUAAGGUCCCAGCAAAGAAAGUCGAGGGAUGGAUAACACCGUACAUGUCUGGUAUGAUUACGGACAUCCUCGUGAGCCUCGACGACAAAUACUUAUAUUUUUCAAAUUGGCUCCACGGUGACGUACGUCAAUACGAUAUAACAGAUCGGGAUCAUCCACGUCUCGUAGGUCAAAUUUUUCUCGGCGGCUCGGUUCUCACUGAUUCUAAGGUGCGUGUGAUCGAAGAUCAGGAGCUGGAAAAACAACCGAAUCCCAUUUAUGUUAAGGGUCGCAAAUUGGAUGGUUCGCCACAGAUGUUACAAUUGAGCUUGGAUGGGACUCGCCUUUACGUCACGACUUCCCUCUUCAAGCCUUGGGAUCAACAGUUUUAUGCGGAGCACGUCAAACAUGGUUCAGUGAUGGUGAAACUUAACGUGGACAUUAAAAACGGAGGUAUGAAAGUCGACCAAGAUUUCUUAAUUGACUUUGGAAGUGACCAAAGCGACGUUUUACUAGCUCAUGAAAUGAGAUAUCCGGGAGGCGAUUGCACAUCCGACAUUUGGCUUGCAGAAGAAACGAAACUCUGAAUUAUCAUUUAUUAUUUCGAAUACCGGCUUUUAGUAUAGUUGCAAGCAAAAAAAUAUCUCCAAAGUACUCCGUGCGACACGACGACAACUGCUUAUAUAAUUGCCACGUGGCAAUUAAACCUUUUGCAUUAUAAUUCACGGACAAGACGCCAAAAAAUUCGCGCCUCGGUUCUUUAAUCUACCGUAACAACCGGUAGUGAGUGCUUAUUGCGAAUCCGGUCACUUUAUUAUUACAUGUAUACUAUUAUUGUUAUUUCUAUGUAUUCAGAAUGCCAAUUUGAAAAUAA